AUGGCAGGCCCAGCAGCUCAGGCAGCCAAGAACAAGGCUCGUCAGAUCUUCAUGAAGAACUGGUACGCUCCGGAGGUUCUUCCCAUCUACGUUAUCACUGGUCUUGCUGCCGGCGGUGCCACCUGGUACCUGAGCCGACUGGCACGUGGACCGGACGUCAUCUGGGACCGCAAGAACAACCCUACGCCGUGGAACAACGUCGAGCCGGGCACCAACACCAAGAUGAUGUCGGUCAACCAGCAGUUCGACAAGCAGUACAAGCGCGACCGUCUCUAA